AUGAGAACCUACUCACGGAAACAAACCACCAUUGGAAGAAGAAUUUCUUCUGAACUAGCUCUCGAUCAUGAGGACCAUAAAGCCUCUUCUCUUCACUUGAAACAACUCGAUGACAUUAGCAUUUCGGGAGAUGAAGCAGAAGAACAGAAUCCAUCAAACUAUGAUGAUGUUGAAUUAAAAACAUCAUCAGCAAUGACUACAUCCACCAUGGCAGAUGACGAUCAAAUCUCAACGAAUGAACGAUCCUAUGAGAAGAAGCCUCGUGUAUCCAAGAGAAAACAAAGAACCUCAACCUCCAAACGAAAAUAUUCAGAACACACCUCGGAAGACAGUGAUGAAACAGAAGGAGAUCGUUCAACCAAAUCCUCUGAAGAUGAAGAAUACACGGAAAAGAAGAAAAAGAAGAAAACAAGUACGACCAAGAAGUCGAAGAAGAAGUCCUCCUCAUCCCAAAAGAAAAAGAAACGACAUCAAUCUCCAACGAAUAUUGACCAAGAAGAAUCAGAGACUGAACAAGACGAAAAAUUGAAAGCCUAUCUCGAAAAAGCAAACAAGUACUUUGCUGAAGUUGACACUCGAAAGUUAACAAGGGUCAACGAGAAGGAAGAAGAAGAACACGAAAUGAAAUUGGUGUCUCAACAAAUUCUUGAAAAUGUGUCUAAGGAAAUGAAAGCUGUAGAGAAGGCCAAAGAAAUUAUUCAUAAAGCACAUAAACAUCAAGAAAUUCAUGAAGAAGAAAGAAGGAAAAAGUUAGAGCAAGCGAGAGAAAAAGAGAAGGAGGAAUCAAGACGAAGGGAAUAUGAACGAUAUCGUCAAUCAAUGGAAGGCAUUGGAGUGGAUCCUAUAUCUUUUGAAGAGUUUAUUACUAAGAAUCAAGAUGAAAGUGUUUUGAACUUGGCAGCGCCUCAACAAUUAGGAGUUCUAGAGGAAAUUGAUUCAUUCUUUGAUUUGUAG